GCAUGCGCAGUAUGAAUAGAGACGCUGCACGCGAGGCCUGGUAAUAGCAAACUGUCCUUCUUUCUUCUUUUCUCGAUUUCCUGUUAAUUUAAAUAGUGUCUUGAAUCAGAGGGGAAACAACAAACCAACAAAUAUGGAGAUCGGAACUGAGAUUAGCAAGAAAAUAAGGACUGCUAUCAAAGGAAAGUUGCAGGAGCUCGGCGCUUAUGUGGAUGAGGAGCUUCCGGAUUACAUCAUGGUCAUGGUGGCCAAUAAGAAGAACCCAAAGCAGAUGGCAGACGACCUGUCCUUGUUUCUAGGCAACAAUACCAUUAAGUUCACUGUAUGGUUACAUGGUGUUCUGGAGAAGCUACGAUCGGUUGCAACUGAGCCCACAUCACUCCAUCCAUCCGAUCCACACUCUGAGACCAGCAUCCCAGCAGAAAACAACAGGAGGGGGGCGGAGCCUCGUGCUCUCGCCAUUUCCAGCUCACGUUCUGAUAAGCUGGAGGGGCGUGUCUCAAGCUCCGCCCACGAGAACCACACCAGGAGAGGCUCUUCUGAAAGACCCUCCAGACUCACAUCUGCUGUCAAACCGCUGAUGGAGGCGUCGGCAGAAGCUGUGAUUGACAUCAAGCCCGAUCUGGAUGAUGAUCUCAUUGCCUACGACCCCCUGGAGCAGAGCUUGACCUCUCGGGCUUUAUACAGCCGCUCAACUGCGGACAGGCCACGGCCAGCGCUGGAGUCUUCAAGACGGACUGCGGAUGCUUACAGAUCCUCAGACGUCACGAGAGGUCAGGAAAGGUCCGGUUCCAGCCAUGGCCGGGGCUACAGGAGCUCAGCGGAGAGCAGCAGGGAAUUGUCCCGGAAACGAAAGGCUCCUGUAGCCAGUUCGGUGGUUCGGGUUCACAGAGGUCAUGAACGCGGACAGGAGAGUGAUGAUCUGAAUGAGGAGGAGGAUGAAGAUGAGGAGGACUACGGUAUUGCCAGCAAAGUGUCUCUGCCAUUGAAACCUGAGCGCAAGCCUUCCCUCCCACCAGCCAAACAAGCCAACAAAAAUCUGAUCCUCAAAGCGAUCUCAGAAGCUCAGAAAUCCAUCAACAAGACCACUACAUACACAGUUCCCCAGCGGCAGACGGUUCCUGUAGCACCACGGACACGUUCAGUGAGUGACGAGAUGAAUAAUGCUGCAAUCCGAUUGGUCCAGGAGCACCUGCACGCCCUCGCGCCUCAGGACACGCUGCACAAUACACAAUCCAUAGCUUUAGCAUCUCGUCUGCAGUUGGAGCUUCCAGAAGAGGACACUCGAGAGCAGCUCAGUGAAUACCAGCUGCAGGUUUUAGAGGCGGCGAGACUCAAUGCUCUGGACACACGUUCAUUCAUCAUGAGGAAACCGGAGCUUGAACAGACUCCACCAGUCAGGAGCAGUCUUAGUGCUGUCAAUCAAACUGAAGACCCGCCCAUCACGUCCCGAAUGGUGCAGGCCAGAGAGAGAGGGGAGCUUGUGGAAGCAGCGAGUCCAAAGUUCAUCGUGACAUUAGAUGGAGUUCCCAGUCCGUUAGCAAGCCGCACCGAUCAGGAGAUGGAACCUGAGGACGAGUUCAAUACGACCCCUGACUUUCCAGAAAAUAAUGGACCCAAACCUGCCGUCCACCUCAGACUCGGCACUGACUUUCUAAACACUGGCAAUAGAGAGUUAAAUGAGGUGGAGGACAUGGAUGUAGAGCCGGUUCAGGCUAAACGACAGAAACUUCCAGAACGCUGCAGGUUUUGGCCUGCGUGCAAGAGUGGAGACGAGUGUCUGUACCAUCACCCCAACACACAGUGCAAAAUAUUUCCCAACUGUAAAUUUGGCAACAAGUGUCUGUUCAUUCAUCCAAACUGUAAGUUUGAUGCCAAGUGCACCAAAGCGGACUGUCCAUUCACACACGUCAGCCGCAAACUCAACAGCAACCCGACAAGAGCUGAACCAGCUCCAGCCAGCAGCGUGUGCCAUUUCUUCCCAGAGUGUAAAAAGCUGGACUGUCCGUUCUACCACCCUAAACCGUGUAGAUUUGCGGCGCAGUGCAAGCGAGCGGGCUGUACUUUCUACCAUCCAGUUGUGGCAGUGCCGCCCAGAAGUGCUCUGAAAUGGACCAAAACGCAGAACAGUUGAGAAACACUCAAGUGAAUGAUCACGGCUGAGCUGCGGCGUUUCUAUGGUUCAUGUGGAGUUUUGUCUCUUCUGUCAUUCUAAUCAUUUUUGUUGUGCUUAAGUUUUUUGACUUCUUUUUAAAACAAAUUAUGAGUUUUAUAAAUUGCAAGCUUCUGUAAGCUGUUUACAGAAUAUAUUUGGUGUAUUAAAUGUCAACAAUACACACACACACACACAAAUGUUGUCUUGACUCUGUAAAUAUGGAUCAGUAGCUUAAAUAUUCACUCGAUUCACAAUCCCAGCAGUUUUGAAAGCCAAAGUG